UCUCAGUGCUUCAUGUUCUCUCUCUGUCUCUCCGUGCUUCAUGUUCUCUCUCUCUCUCUGUCUCUCUCUGUGCUUCAUGUUCACGAUCUCCUUUUUCUUUCUGUCCAUUUUGUUCAGCAGGUUUUGUCUCAGCUUAAUGUUAGUCUUUGUAUGAUGGGACUAUUAUACUACACUACAUUUUUGCUUUUAAAUGUGAAGAAGCUGAAACAUUUGAAGUGGUAUCUUCUGUGAGUUUGAUUAUGAAUGGAAAAGUACUUUGUUGAUGUUUUGGUAUUAUCGCCAUUACUUAAAUAUGUGAUUCUUUUUUUUUUAAGCAACACAUUUCAGUUUAGUUAUGACGAUAACAAUGGUAAUGUACAUUUCUCUAUACCAGUGGUCUUGGCAAGAUCACCAAUUUGUACAUCAACUCACAUUCACCCUUGACUCCAAACAACAUCCGGGAUUAUCAAUUAACGCCAACAGUCCGGUCAAGAAAUACAUAUCUUUCACAAUUGGAUUGUCAAUGGAGAUGACCUGGUACUGCCUAAAGGUUAAGAUAUAUGACCUGGUACUGCCUAAAGGUUAAGAUAUAUGACCUGGUACUGCCUAAAGGUUAAGAUAUAUGACCUGGUACUGGCUAAAGGUUAAGAUAUAUGACCUGGUACUGCCUAAAGGUUAAGAUAUAUGACCUGGUACUGCCUAAAGGUUAAGAUAUGACCUGGUACUGCCUAAAGGUUAAGAUAUAUGACCUGGUACUGCCUAAAGGUUAAGAUAUGACCUGGUACUGCCUAAAGGUUAAGAUAUGUCAUCUGUUUGCUGCAAAUGCACUCAAACCCGUCUAUCCUUUUGGACCAAAUUAGAAUCUGUCGUUAGGCCAUAUUACUAAAAACCUACUGGAUUUAAUGAUGUCUAGGUAACUGAUGUUUACCAGUUGUAAAUUUCACUGUGCCUUGCAAAUUUCUUUUUUUUAAAGUAGUGAGUAUAAUGGGUUACUUCACCAAUCUUGAUAUAGGACCCGGGCUGUCUCAAUAGUGUUAGCUUGCUUCCUUUCAUUGUACCCUUUCCUUCGUGAUCUCUGAUCUGGCAGGUGGAAGCAACAUAUGGUGAAAGCCUCUCACCUAUCAUGAAGGAAAGGAGAUGAAGGAAGGAAGCCAGUGUAGUGGAUUGAGAUGUCCCCCAUCUCUUACCAUCUCCCAUGCAGCCCAGUCUCCUUUUAUAUUAAGCCCGAUACUCUUAGACACCGAUCAGUGUUGUCUUAAAAAAGGAAAGGAAACAAAUUGAUUUGGUAUAUGAAUGAACCUGGUCUGCCAAACAACAGCCAAACAGCUAUUAAAUAUGUCUACCUGGUCAGGCCAAAGGGGUCAGUAAGAUCAAACUCCAGGCUCUUAUGUCCACUACUACGGUGGCCCAGAGUGGACAUUUAUUUGUUUACAACCAAGGUUGGGGUCAAUGCCAUUUCAAUUCAGGAAGUAAAAACUGGAAUUUCAGUCAUCUUCAAUGUUUUUUAAUGAGGAAACAUUUGGAAUUUGGUUAACUUUCUGAAUUGAAAUGGAAUUGACCCCCGACCCUGUUUACAACCAUGUACAUUAUUACAUAGCGAUGAAUGUUGUAGGCUGUUUUUCUUCAGUUCAAAGUGCCACGUUUGGGUGUUUCUCAAUGCACCCCCUCUCCCGUUCAUUAGAUUGACGUAUCUCUUGCUUUAGGUUUGGAUAAAAGCAUCACACCAUAGCUACACAUUGUUGUGUUCAUGUAUUUGACAUUUUUUGGACGUUCGGUUCUGAUUUUUUUUUUUUUUUUUUUAGGUUGAUCAGAAAGCAGGUCCGGUAACGGUUAAAUUGACUCGCUGCUUUUGUUAUUGAUUUGGUUGCAGCUGUUUUCUCUCUUGCUUCAUGUUUUUAAUUCUCUCCUUCUAGCCUCUGAGUCGCAGAUUCGUUUCUGUUCAUCGCCACUCCUUAUGGAAUCGUCAUGCAAAAACAAUUGGCUUGAAAGACUACAUUUUAAGUUGGCAAGAGCACAAACAGAUCUGGGAAACAGGCUAAUCUCUUUCCAACUGGGAUGAUAAUGAUGACGAUGAUAGUGUGAAGUUUUGUAUUGUGGAAGUUACACCCUGCCCACUGGGCACACGCUUGUUGAAUCCUCGUCGUUUCCAUGUCUUUUCAAUGGCGUUACGUUGAGCCAACGUGAAAUAGACGUUCAGUUGACAUCUGUGCAGUUUGACCAUAGGCCGUGUUUUGUUUUGUUUUGUUUUUGGCCGUAGGGUGAAGUUGCCCCUAGAUGCUGAUUUUGGGUCGGUACCUAGACGAAACUUGACCCCCCCCCCCCGGGCGUUGUGUUUUCUCAUGUUUUCUACCUGGAAAGUAUUGGUGUGGAUCACAGUAAUGGACUUGUGACCUGUUGUGAAGAUGUUCUAUAUGUUUUAGUGGGAAAGAAAGUGUAUUUUGUUGUUCCACCAUGUUGUUUUCUCUCUAUCUCAAAGUGAUGAUGAUGAUGAUUAUGUCGGCUGAGUCCAAACUUCUCUGACUUUGGGGCCGUCACCUGGAAUUAAAAAAAAAAUGAGUCUUGCAGGCGAUGAUGAUGAUGAUGAUGAUGCAAGCUGUUUGAGAACAAUCUGUGUUGUAUUUCUUUCUCUCUCAGAUAUGAAUAUCUCUGAUGUUGCCAUCUGCCUAUUCAUCAGGCUCUUGUUUAGACUACUAAUGCACCAGAGCAUUAAUACAUUGUACCUCCAAUGAGUGGAAAAUCUGAUGAGAAACUUAGAGUUCCUAUUUGUCUGUGAACUUACAUUUUCCCUCUGGUUUACCUCAAUACUGAAUACGGAUUAGAAUUGUAUACAGUAGGAGCAGGAGGAGGGUUGUUACAGUUUAUGACCACAAGGUGGCGACAGUACGUUAUUUUUGUUGAUAACUCAUGAUUUGCGCUUUUAAAAAAAGAAAAAUGUUUUAAAACAUUGGGACAAGUAGUCUAGCAUCUUCGUUAUCACUUGUUGAUAUCACAGUUACAGAUAACAGGAAAUAAAGCAAAGGCAGUUUUAUUUUAUUUUUUUAAAUCAAAUGCCGCUUGACACUGUUUUGACCUCUUGGGAUUCCCUCCUGACGUAUGUUAGGUGGGGAUUCCCGUUCGGUUGAUUAGCAGAUAUAGCGCCGCACACCGGGUCCCAAUUCAACUCAUCGCAAAGACUAAGAAGUCAACUACAGUCUUUGGAGCUCUGUGGUCUACAAACUUGUUUGUCAAGUUUUCUUGUCCUAAAAGUCGGUGAUGGAUGCCUUACGGUCGGCUGGAAGAGCUAUCAUCCGAAGUCCAAGUAUCGCGAAACGGUCUUGGAAUUCGGGCAAACAUAAAAAACUUCCUGAGAACUGGACGGACACGAGGGAGACUGUUGUAGAUGGCAUGACCUUUAACCUCCGCCACCUAGGCAUGACCCUGGUGGACCAGGCCAAAGGAGAGGACCUAUCAGCAGCUGCUGUCAAGAGGAUCGUUGCCACGGCCAAAGCGGGAGGUAAGAAGCCUCAGAAGGUGUCUCUGAAGGUUUCUCCUCAGGGUAUAAUGCUCUACGAUAGUCUGACCAACCAGCUGCUAGACAGCAUCUCCAUAUACAGGAUAUCCUACUGCACGGCGGACAAGCUGCACUACAAGGUGUUUGCCUACAUUUCCCAGAACGCUCUCAACGGAACACUGGAGUGCCACGCCUACCUCUGCUCCAAGAGGAAAGUGGCCCAGGCAGUGACUCUGACUGUAGCACAGGCCUUUAGAGUGGCCUUUGAGUUGUGGCAGGUUGCCAAAGAAGAGAAAGAGAACGGGGUGAAGUCCGGCUCGGCUGGAGAAGCAACCGGCAUCUCCCAAUUAGAAGGAUCCAACAGCCUGGCUAGUCUGAAAGGAGAAGAUGUUGCCACGGGUAACCUGCUGGACCUGGAGGAACGGACUCAUGUUGCCGUGGUUCUGGAAACCAAUGGCAACGAGGAAACCAAUGGCAACGAGGAGUUCCAGGUGGACGACGCUCCCGAGAACGUUGAUAACGACGACACUGUCUGGGAAAUCGAGGAAGACUUGGAUGAGGCUUUUUCUAGACUGGCGGUGUCCCGUACUAACCCCCACGUCCUGGACGUUGGGGUGACUCCCCAGGAUUGGCUGACAGAACCUGACUGUGCCAAUGGGAACACAUGCAACCAGAACACCACCAAUGGAGAUGACUUCUUCCCUGUCUUCUGAUUGGCUACCGGAGAGCGACCGAGAAGCACAGCCUUCGGUUCUUUGGCCCAAUCCCAAAUCAACCCCUAGGCCCUACGCUGGAGCUACAGUAUACCAUAUUUGUGUCCUCCUCUCAGGUCUGCACAAGUGCAUCGGUCUAAGGCUUGAGAUGGGGCCCAUAGAGUUGACUUUGGCUCCAUUCCAAACCGAUCCCUUGCCUCUGUCCUUAUUCCCUAGUUGACACCCUCCCCCCUUAUAGAUCUGAAAGGACUGCAUAGGUUGAGAGCUUUUGGUUGAAAUUCUGUCAUUGUUUUUUUGUGUUUUUUUUUUCAAGUUUAAACCAAGUUUUUAUAGAUACACGGGGCCACCAGGAAGAAUCUAUGGGUAGAGGCUAGGGAUUUGAAUUGGGACCUGCCCCCCCCCCCCCCCCCCCCCCAUCCUAUUUACUGUUACAACCUCUGCUGUUACUUUUUGUUCUUUCAUUUCUAUGUACUGCAGUAGUAGAUAGUAUUACUACUUGGACCAUAGCAGCACAUUAGUACUCUUUGGACCAUAGCAGUACUCUUUGGACCAUAGCAGUACUCUUUGGACCAUAGCAGUACUCUUUGGACCAUAGCAGUACUCUUUGGACCAUAGCAGUACUCUUUGGACCAUAGCAGUACUCUUUGGACCAUAGCAGUACUCUUUGGACCAUAGCAGUACUCUUUGGACCAUAGCAGUACUCUUUGGACCAUAGCAGUAUGCAGUACUCUUUGGACUGUGGUAGUAUUUGAACCAUAAUCAGUAUUAUUUACCUAUGUAUUUAUUUUGUGUUGGUUAUAAUUUGUUCUAACUAAAGAUGGGGAUGUGUAUGAUUUCAGUCAGAUUUAUAUUGAGAUUUAGAGCUAAACUAUCUGUCACAUUUAAGAUUUGGAUUAGUCUUCUACAUAAACACACUUGAUACUACAAAGCCUCAAUACAGACCAAGCAAGACAACCAAUGUUGGUACUUCCUACUUUGUAUAGAGGAUGUAGGCUUUGCAUACUAGAGUUUUGUUCCGUUGCCAUGAAACAACAGCAGAAAACACUUUGGGGAAAAAAAGGUACUUCCUGAAUUUUUCCCCCACCAACUUAUUCACAACUAUUCAUCCUGUUUGUGCCUACUUAAAUGUGACCCAGGAAAGUGAUGUACUAUAUUGAAACCCUUUCUACCAUGGCCAGUUUCACCCUGUUCUGUAGCCUAUCUUGAGCUUCAUGACCAAUGCACCAUGUAAUACACUCUACUGUAUACCAGCAGAACUUUGAAUAAAACUUUUUUUAAUCAUG